AGGUGAGAGAAAUGUCUGGAGGAUGUUACUGAAUUCAGCUUUAUGAAUGAAUGAAUGCAGGAGACAAUGUGUACUAGCAGGACGCUAAACUGGAAAGGGAUGUGAAGGGCUCUGUUAGGUUGAAGGAGCAGAGCUGAUGGUUGUUCUUCAAGUGCUUCCUCGUCCAGUUGAGUUAAUUCACAGCUGCAGUAUCUUUCCUUCUUUUCAUUGACAAAAAGGCUUUAGAGCAUUUUGUUCUGCACAAUGAGUUACUUUCUGUCCUACUGCAAAGGACAUUGUGGUUCUGUGUUGUCUCAGUACCAAACCCUCCGCAGCGAAGGCUUGUUGUGUGACAUUUUGUUGAAGGUGAAAGAAAAUGAGUUCCCUGCUCACAAGUCUUUGCUGGCCUGUUCCAGUGAUUACUUCAGGGCCAUGUUCAAGAGUUAUACCAAAGAAUCAAAGGCUGCCAUCGUUCACCUGCAAGUUAUCUCAGCCACUGGUUUGCAACACAUUCUGGAUUUCAUUUAUACUUCUUGGUUGCCUUUGUCUUUUGCCAGCCUGGAAGACACUUUGGAAGCUGCUACCUACCUGCAAGUGUCUGAGGCAAUUGUCUUGUGCAGCCAAUAUUUGGCUAACAAUCUUACCCUAGAGAACUGCUGCUUUUCUGCCAAUGUUGCUGCAAGAUUCUAUCUUCCAGAUGCUUUAUCAGCUGUAGAAAAAUAUCUCAUUUUUAAUUUCUGGAAACUCCUAGACCUUGAUUUUGCAGAACUGCUAGAACUGAAUUUCAGAUCUUUGAAGGCAAUAGUUGAAUGUUCAGAUCUGCCUAUGGUGAAAGAAUCUAAUUUGCUAGAUCUAUUGCUGAAGUGGCUUAAGUAUGAUAAAUUGAGGCUGACAUAUACAACUACCUUAUUGGAACACAUACGAUAUGGUCUUAUUCCUGUGGAAAAUCUGAGAAAAGUCUACACUCAAUCAGAAGUGCCUCUAACAGCCCCCAUAAAAUGCUUAAUCAUAAAAGCAAUAAACUACCACUCAUUCAUCUUUAGGCAACCUAUCCUACAGGAUAAGUACAGCACACUGAGAAACCAGAAGACGCGGAUUAUCCUGCUUGGAGGUAUGAUUCAACAUGAAGGGCCCAGCAGGGAUGUGGUGGCUUUUGAUGUUUACAAUCACAAAUGGCAGAUUUUAACACAGGUGCAGGAUCGACUACAAAAUCACUGUGUGUGUACAGUUGGAAACUUUCUCUAUGUGCUAGGUGGAGAAAUAGAAGAUUUGCAAAGUGAAACAAAAAGUCCCACUUUAACAGUGACAAACAAAGUCCAUCGCUAUGAUCCCAGAUUUAACAAGUGGAUUCUAAUCAACGGGAUGCUAGAAAAAAGAUGCCACUUUUCUUGUUGCAUCCUAGAAAACACCAUUAUUGCAAUUGGCGGUCAAGGUGAGGAUGGAUCAUUACAUUCAUCUGUCGAAGCCUACAACAUUAGCCGAGACACAUGGACAAAAGUUCGAGAUUUGCCAUGCAAAAUGCAUGGUCAUGCUGGCACUGUUUGCAAGAGUAACAUUUAUAUAUCGGGUGGCAAAUGCACAAAUCAAAGUAACACAAGUAAGGAUUUGUACUCUUUGAGUACACUAGAAGGGCAAUGGAAAAAGCAAGCCCCCAUGAGCAUUGCCCGGUUUGGGCAUCAGAUGGCCACCAUAAGAGAUUGCAUCUUUACAUUUUUAGGCCUUUAUGAACCAUUCUCUGAAAUUGAAAAAUAUGAUCCUGACCAAAAUCAAUGGACUCGUCUAAGGCCAUUGGUCUAUGAUCGAUUUAGUUAUGGUUUGGCAGUAGUGGAGGAAACUGCCCUUCUCAUUGGGGGGAAGAAGUGGCAAGAUUCUCAGGAGAUUCCAACUCAGGAUGUGGUGGGCUAUGAUAUAGACAAUGACUGUUGGGAAGAAAUAUGCAAAGCUUCGUUGCCUUGGUAUGGAUUGCAGUGUGCCGUGCUAGAGCUUUCUGAAUUACUAGAUGCUAAAGACGUUCAACAACAAAAGAGACUAACUGUUUAGGUAACAACUCACCAUAAAAUGAUCUGUAAGGACAAUUCUGUAACAUCUCCAGAAUGUCUAAAUAUUAAAAAUGUUGUCCCAUUCUAUAUUAACAGAUAAUAUUGUGAAUCAGUAAAUAGGCUUGAAUUUUGUAUUUCAAAGCACAGAGUAAAACAGGCAAAAACUAAGAACUUGUUGCCAAUAAGAGCUGUACAUGAACAACUGUUUUGUUUUCAGUA